GGCGGGAUGGACUUGGUGGAGGGUGGCUAUAGUGUUAUAUUUGCUUUUUGUGCGAGCUCUGUGGCGGAUUUGUAGGGUACAGGGAUUGGAGGGAGGGGUAGAACUAGCGGCUUGUAUCCACGUGCCGCAAAGGUAGACGGUAGUUAGCCGGGGUGGGAAGACGGGAAGUUCUGACCACCACUGGGACCAGACACUCUAAGGGACCUUCUUGGCGACUAAGGCGAUGACUGAUUAUGGGAAGGGAAAGAUUACAUUUGUUCUUGGGCCCCCCGUGAAGAAGGACUGGCUCACAGAGGUCAACCUGGAUGGAGGAGACACAGACCAGACCCUCGAGAACCUCUAUAGUUCAAUGUAGCGUCAUUCUUCGUCAUUAGAGCAAUGCACCUUGGGAGGGACUGGGAGGUACCUAGCUCGAUAUCGAAUUCAUUCAAAACCCAUGCCUCAGGUGGGAUCCAUGGAAUCUCAGACCGACCUUCCCCAUGUUUUUUCGGUGGGUUUCGAAUGCCAGCUAGGUGGUAUGUACGGAUACCUGAGAUGCGUACCUACCUAGGUUUACGCCCAUGUACUCUUGCCAGAAACCACCUCACCUCUGAUCAAUUAUGCCGUUGCUUGAGAUCCGGUUGCCGACGUCGUAAUCGCAACGAUCUCCCCGACUUUCCCCUGCGGGCGGAAUGCGUAAAGAGUCCAUGCGAUGGACGUCUCGCAGCCCAAGAAUCUCGGAGCACCAAUCAAGUGACAACGUGCUUCCCAGACCGUAUCUCAACAUGCCCGAGCUUCAUCUGUUCCCUGUUUGGGCUCUUAUCAACGUGCCGCGGCCUUAUUCCUCCCCUUGGCUUGCAAGUUCAUUCCGGCUCCGGCUUUGCUAUCUACCUAUCUCUCUCGUUCUGUGGUGAUGGUUAUCGCUUCCCCAGAUUCUCACGCACCCCUUCACCGAUCUGGACUUGCCGGGGGAGAGACUGUUGCCGCCUCCUCGUUCAACCAACCACCCAUACACCAUAAGUUCGAGAAAGCGCUGUGUGAACCGCUAAAUCUAGCAGCAAGUGCCGCCGUGUUUGGGCUGGUAUGUUGCCUCUAUUGGAGCGUCGAGGUGCCAUCUUGAAUGCCCAAACAGGUCCCCGGAAUCGAGUUGGAAUUGAGACGGCAGAC